ACCCACCUCCACCCACCAUGGUGCUGCCCCUCCGCCUGCUGCUUGCCACGCUGCUCAUCGCGCUGGCCCUGGGCGCUCCGAGUGAGCGGGGGCUCAUCUUCAACCUGGACACUGGAGAGCUGUGCCUGCAGAGUGCACAGUGCAAGAGCGGCUGCUGCCAGCGGGACAGUGGGCUGAGCCUGGCACGGUGCAGCCCGAAGGCAGCUGAGACCCAGGACUGCUCCCGGAAGAGCCUCUAUGGGGUUUACUACAAAUGUCCCUGUGAGAGUGGCCUGUCCUGUGAUGCCGACUGGAGCAUCGUGGGCUCCAUCACCAACACCGACUACGGGGUCUGCUAUGACAAACGUGACCCCACAUCGCGGUGACAGAUGUGUGUCCCAGUAAAGAGCAUCCCCCA